CGGAGAGUGCCACAUGCGAACUCUGUUCCACGGAGUUGCGAAUCCGGAGAACGUGAGCAAACGUGGACCUCCGGUGGCAUCGAGGAGGGGCACGACGAUGACCAACACCGAGACCGACGGAAAGGAUCUAUUUUACAGUCUAUGACGCUCAGGGAGCAGUGCGAAGAUCCAGC